AUGGAUUUAUCUUCUUUAGAUCCGGCACUUUUAGAAGAAAUGGAGGCAUUGAUUGGAACAUAUCAACCUAAAAAAUACGAAUUCGACCUCGAUGAGUUCGUAAAACAGGCGGAUGAUGUUGAAUUAGCAAGACGAAUUAUUUCAAAAAGAAAUCUCAAAAUAGCUGAAGGAAAAGGAAUUUGGUCAGAAAAGAAACUUAUUGAUGAAAUCAUACGUGAACAUGGAUCAGCACAACCUAGAGAUACUCGUUUUGUAAUUAAUGAGAAGAAGGGGAGUGCAAAUAAAAGAACAACUGCAAAUAAAGGAACGACAAAAUCCUUGGGAAAACGAUUAACAUCACCUGUCUCAAUUAGUCAUAUUCCUACUAGAGAAACAACAACAGCACAGUUAAAAUCAGAAAAAAAUAUGCCAGUUAGUAAAAGAACAAGGUCACAGCGACGUUGA